AUGCCGCCGAAAAAGCGCCCCGCUGCUGGACCACUGAAGGACGGCGUCAAUAGGUUUCCUGCAGACUUGAGACGGAUCUGCCCAACUGCAUUCCGCGACCCAGCCUGGCAGGAAAGUCUCUGGGAGAAACAGCUGCGACUGGCAGUGGACCGGCUCGAGAUCGCGCAGAACGGUUUGAAGACGGCCAAAACCAAGAAGGAGGUCGAGGCGGCCAAGAAGGAGGUCGAGGCGGCCGAGAAGAAGGUCGAGGCGGCCGAGAAGAACGGGUCCAGCCCAGGCCAGGUCAGCUUGCACUUGAGGGGAACUGCCGACUCCAAGUUCGACGACGAAGCUCCCCCCAAGCUUAAGCUUGAGAAGUUCAAGGCCGACGAGCUGCUCAAGGUGGAGGCUUUGAAGGACUUCGUGGCGCCCAACACGACCGCUGCCAGACCGCUCUUCCUGCGACAGCAUCUCCUCAAGGUGUACAACAAGGCAGUGGUGGCUUUGCAGGCGAAGCAGAUUCGCCUGGUGUCGCUGGUCGGCUGCCCCGGCACCGGCAAGACGUGGUGCGAAGGUGGGCAAGAAGACCCUGCACCUCACCAUCAGGAACUCGACCGUGACGGCCAUCGCCAACUUCCAGGUGAAGAAGCAGUACACGAAGGUCUGCAUCGUGGACGUGAGCAUGGACAAGCCGGAUGCGGCCACCACAUCUUCAUCGGCAUCCGGCAGCUGAUCGAGGACGGAAAGUUCGCUUGCGUGAAGUUCAUGGGGCUGCUGUCCGGCGGCCAGGAGAAGAUCACAGGCAAGCAGUUGAGUCUGCAGGUCAUACAAAAGCUAGUGCUUUGGAGCUGGAGCGAAGAGGAGGUCGCCACUCUAUGUACAAAGCUGAAAGAUGCAUCGGAGCCUCCAUCUGACGAGGCCUACAAGGUGUGUGGAGGAUCUGUGCGGUAUCUCUUCCGACACGAAGAAGACGCGAACAGAACUAGAGAAGCCGUGAAAGGGCUCUCCCAAGAUGAGAUGCAGAGGUUGCUUUCCCUGGAUAUGACCGUAGACGACCAGCAGGGGAAGAACCGCAGCAGACUUCUCUCGUUCUUUCCCAGCAGUGGUAAAUCCAAUGCAACUGAUGAGAGCUUCGCAAAGGGCGUCAGCGAAGCACGGCCGAUGCCCCGCUCCGACUUCGUCAUCAAGUGCAUCAAGGAGAACGAGAACGUGAAGUUCGAGGACGUGCUGAGCAUGUACCGGAAGCUCUCGGGCAUGAACCCAGGCGCUGCCGGCAGUGCCUUUGAGAUCCUGGUCCACUUGUUCUGGCGGGAGGCUGCCGCGAAGGAGCAGAAGGUCCAGCUUUCACUUUUUAAGGGCGAGGAGGAGGAGGUCGGUAAGGUGGAAGUGGACUUCGAACAGCUGAGCCGAGAUCCCUCGUUCCAGAAGAAGCCUAAAAGUAUCGAAGAGUAUGAAGAGGAGGCCGUCGAGGUCGUCGAGAAGUUCAAGUCUGCCGGCAAGACCGAGACCGAGGUGCUGGCCAUCCAGAUCAGCACGUUAGAGGAUUUCCGGGCAGUCACAACGAGCGUCGAGCCUCCAGAUUUGCACGCGUCUUGA